AUGGCCCCCGUCGUUAUCAUGUCCGGGUCGAGCGCGCUGAUCGCCGACGCCGACGCCGACGCCGACGCCCCCACCCGCCUCGUGCGCUUCGACGACGAGUGCGUGCUGAUCCCCGACCCGCCGCCGCACAGCACGCGCCGGCCGAAGAUCGUGACAAAAUCGUACUCGCUCCCGCUGUGGAAACGCCGCGUCGUCGCCGGCGCCGCGUCCGACGGCGAGGACGGCGUCGGCGAGGAAGAGAGCGAGAAAGUCGUGCUCAGCAUCCCGCUGCCCAUACCCACAUUCCACGCCGCUCGCGCGCUCUCUCCGACCCGCACGGCGACGUCUCCGAUGGAGCUCACGCCCUGCCUCGUCCACCGCUCCCCGGGCCCGCCGUCUCCAACGCUCGCCCGCUCCAGGCCCCCGCUCCGGCGCCCCUCGCUCCCGCUCCCGCCCAAACCGCACGCGCACGCUCUCCACGCGCACCUGACGACGGUCCCCCUCCGCGCCUGCUGCGCCGCCUGCCUCGCCGCGUGCGAGCUGCCCGCGAACGACGACGGGCACGAGCGGUUCACCCGAGGCGCCCGACGACGCCGCCGCUCUUCGUCCGCCAGCUCGGACGGCGGCGGCGUCCCCGCGCGACGCAAGGUGGCCGACGCGCUGCCCGGGUUCGCGGAUCUGAGGGUGGACGAGGUCGACAAGCGGCGGCUGUCGGCGUCGCACGACAUGUCGAAGAUCGGGCCCGGUACGAAACCCUCGAGCGCUCGCGAUGACGCGGACGACGACGACGCGGACGAAGAAGAAGAAGAAGAGGGGGAGGAGGGGGAGGAGGGUCAGGACGAAGAAGGAGGCGGUAGCAAGCGACGACGGCGGGCGGAGCACUCGCUGUCGCCCGUGCUGCCCCGCGUGGCGACGCCGAUCGCGGAGGAGAACGAGGACGAGCUGUUCCCGCUGCCCUCCCCGCGCCGCACGCCGACCUCGUCCCCGCUCACGAGCCCGAACCCGUCCUCGACCCAGCUCGCGCUCGCGCUCGCCAACAGCGCCAAGCUCAAACAGCUCCCCGCGCUCCCGGCCGUCGACAACGCGUCCACCAGCUCGCUCUCGAGCACCGCGUCCGGACGGGUCGCCGCCGACCCCAAGUCGAACGCCGGCCGGGAAAGGGGGAAGGGGCCGCCGGCGCUGUUGGGCUGCGUCUCGCAGCGGAUGCUCUUCUCGGCCUCGCCGCUGCCCACGCCGCCGCUGGAGCGCUGCCCGUCCCCGCCCACGGACCCGAUCUACUCGCUCAACGACGACGCAGCGCCGACGCUGCUGCCCUCCCUCGCCCGGCGCGCCUCCCCUCCCACCCGUCCACGCCGCUCCGUAUCGCUCACCCCGGCCUCACCAUCUCCCUCCUCCUCCUCCUCCUCCUCCCCCGCGAUCACGUUCGCGACCCCGCACAAGGCGCACCCGAGCCCGCUGCUCGGCGGCGUCCGGCUCAGGCGCCACAACUCGUCCUCGUCCGCGAACGCGGGCAAGUCGCCGCGCCAGCAGCAGCAGCAUAACGGGACGUGGGCGACGUUUUUCAGUUCGGCGAUCAGGGGCGUCGGGGCGAUCGGCGGAUCGGGGUACGGCGUCUGA